AUCACGUGAAAACUGUUAUCACAAAAUUUUGGUAAUUAAGCUUGGUACAACUAGCACAAGUCCAUUUUACAUUAAAACUCUUCACAUUGAAAACUAAUAAAAGGUGAUGAGAAAAAAACAUCUAUGUUUCAGAAUUAUACAGAACUCUUGUUAAAGAUCCUUAAAAAUGGGAUCGAUUAUGCUUGAAUUAUUGUUAACUGUUAUAAUGUGCAUGAACGAUUACUUUUGUCUGUAAAUUUUAUUUUAUUUCCUUAACUGGUGUAUGUACUGAUUUUUAUAAACAGAUUAAUAAUUUUAUACGUUUAAGUUCAUGGGUUUCUGCAAUUUAAAUGAUGUGUGUAUAAGCGUUGUAUUUUGUUUUUUAGUCUUUUUGUAAACUAGCUUUGAAGUCUUACUCAAAUUCGAUGGAAAUUUUGAUGACCUUACGAUAUUUGUAAAAUGUAAAACCAUAGACUUAAUAGGCAAUCUUUAAAAUCCUAUUUUAAAGAUUAUUAAGUUUCACUAUUGACUAAACUUAAAACUACCAUCCUUCUAGAUAUGCCAAUGACACGUGAUGACACGUGAUGAUCGAUAAAGAGAGCUCUGCAAUAGUAAAUUGCAGAGUUAAAGAACAAACGAGGAACGAAUCACUAGAUGGUAUAACCCUGGACUCUUACUCUCAGAGUCUCAACUGUUGGAUCAAACUCCCGGAGUCCAGCGAGCUAAAUGUUGGACUUGCUCGGAGACACCACACUGCUGUCGCUUGGAAGGACUCCAUCUACAUAUUCGGUGGAUGUUUCUCCAAUGACAGCAUCAGUGAGCUGCCAGGAAAUGGGAACGGUUUGAAUGACAUGAUAAGUUUCAACAUAACAGAGAGGGUCUGGAAAAUAGUGCAACCUCAAACCAGACCACCAGCUCCUAGAUACAAUCACACUGCAGUGGUCUACGAGAACUCUAUGAUGAUAUUCGGAGGUUUCAGUCAGACCAACAAGAAUGAUGUUCACCAGUUCCGGUUUGAUCGCCAGGUCUGGACCCCUUGGGUACACAUCUCAGGAACCCAGCCCAACCCACGGUCAGCUAACUGUGCUUUUGUGUAUGAUGCUCACAUGUGGAUAUUUGGUGGCUAUGAUGGUCGGAACAAGCUGAAUGACAUGUGGAUGUUACCACUGGAUGAUGAUAAUCCAACAUGGAAGAAAGUAGAACAACAUGGUCAGAUCCACCCUCCAGUUCUCCACGCAGUCUGUGCUGUUAUUGACGAUAAGCUUUACACAUUCUCAGGGUUGUGUGGUGCUUCAACCUCUAACGACAUCCUCUCUUUCAACCUAACAACAAAGACAUGGUCCAUAGUCCUGCCUGAUCUGAUUAACAAUUGUUGUGCCGCACCUGAUAGGAGACGCGGACACACCAUGGUAUCUCACGGCAAGUGUCUUUACAUCUUCGGGGGCCAGAACAACACUUCAAGAUCCCCGAACGAUCUGUUUUGUUUCGAACCGGAAGCCUCUGCCUGGCACAUAGUUAAAUCCAGGAACAAAGCCAGUAAACAUGUCCCAAGUAACAGGUCUUACCAUGCCGCCACCAUCAUCGACAACAUCAUGUUCAUCUCGGGGGGAGUCACUUUCAAAAAAGAUCAAAGUGACAGGGGCUCCGACAAUUUCUACUGCUUUAUCUUUGCCUCCUUCCCAAAAUCUACCUUAAGAGAGGACCUAUCUGGAUUGCUGGAUAACAAGAUGUUAUGUGAUCUGGAGUUUGUGGUAGGAGAGGAACCUGAAAAGGAGUCCCUCUUUGCACACAUAUCUAUAGUUGCUGCUCGGUCUCCGAUACUGAGGAUGAAAAUAAUGGACCAGUUAAACCAGUUAUGCGAUGCUAAAAACCACAAGAACCGUGAUCACAUACUGACAGUUCUAGAUCUGGACAAUGGAGAGAGGGUAGUGCUGCCUUUUCCUAAAGUUUCAUCUGCAGCUUUUAAAAUAGUCCUGACUUUCAUUUACACGGACAGAAUCCCCCACUCUGUUAGAGAGGAUGAUAACAGUAUUGUUACUCUGACUGAUGUCUAUGGAAUUGCAAACUAUUUCCAACUGUCUCGUCUGGAGAAGAUCUGCAUAACCUACAUACAAAGUUACAUCAGCAUUGAAAAUGCACUUUCAGCCCUCAAAGUUGCUAAGGAUAGAAAUCUUACUGAACUUGUCGGAGUGCUGGAAAACUUCAUCAUAAGAGAUCAGAACUUCAAAGCCAUCAUAACUCGAGAAGAGUUCGAACUGCUGGAAAAAUCAAGCAUUAUAGAGCUCAUCCGACUGAAAACCAACAUAACAACAGCAAUCCGAUCACCUCACAUUUCCAGUGACGCAGGACAACAGUCCUUGGAAGAGGACCUACAGGCCCUGAUGGGAGAUCAGCAGCUGAGUGACAUCACCCUUACCAUAGACGGGAUCGCUAGGAGAGCUCACCGUGCUAUUCUCCUUGCUAGAUGUACUUACUUCAGGGGUAUGUACCGGUCCUUACCCCCACCACAGGACACAGUGGGUAUCAAGAUAGGUGAACUGGAACCCACUCCAGCUGCUUUUAACUCCCUUAUGAACUAUAUUUACUAUAAUGAUACCGAAAUACCUCCGGAGGAUUCUUUGUACCUUUUUACUGCUGAUAAAUUCUACGGAUUCUCCAACAACCAGCUGCAAGCGUACUGCAAGAAGAGUCUGGAAACGAACAUUAAAACUUCAAAUGUUAUUGAAAUUUUGAAAGCAGCUGAUCAGGUAAAUAGCGAGGAUAUGAAGUGCCACGCCCUGAAAAUGAUUGCGGAGCAUUUCACAUUGGUGCAACCUUUACCAGCCUUCAGAACAAUUAAACACUCUUUGUUGCUGGAGGUUACAGACUAUGUUGCUACUCAUAUGAAGGGGAACAGAGUCAUAACUCCUCAUAACACCCCUAAAAACACCAAAUCCUGAAGUUGCGAUAUAAGGACCUUAGAGCCUUAGGACCGGAGAUGUCUUUAUUAUUUGUUGUGUUGAUAAUGGUAUUUUGUUCUUUUCUCAGUAUGUGUUCUGUUUCUCUGUUUAAAUACUUAAUGAUGUAAUAUAGUCUCAUACGCCUAAAAGGCAAAUCAGUUUGGUAGUUGCUGAGCUUUCAAAAAUUAAAAAAUUUAAGGAGUUCAAAAGACGUAAAAAUAGCUACCUUUUUCUUUGUCGUUAACUGCCAAUAAUUGGACUUUCAUACAUACAUACAGCAAAUUGUUGUAAAUUAAAUAACUUUUUACAUAAAAUUUCAAUUCAUGACAAGAUUUCUUCCUGAUUAUAUUUUAAUAAGCCGCUGGAAUGAAAUGAAACUAACACAUUAAUGUUUUAACCGAAUUCUACUCAUUUUGAUUGAUGUAAAAUGUUCUUUUAUUUUAAAAGCCGUUGAAAUAGUUAACGAAUUUUAUUUCUUCAAUAAAUGUAUUAUU